CUGUGAUUGCUACUUAUUUACAAAAAACCAAAAUAUUCACGUAAAUAUAAAUAAAAUAAAAGUUAGGACUUAUAAGCUUAAUUAAUGAUGCCAUUAUUAAUUGAAUAGUCCUGCAUUACAUAUAUACUUAUUCGUAGCUAAAGCAGUUUAUAGUGUAAUUAAUCGUGGAGAUGUAAUUAUACAUAAUAAUAAGUAAAAACAUUGCUAAAAAUGAGGUGUUGCGUCCAAAACUGUGGGAACGACACUAAAAAAACAACUAAGAGCCAUGGAAUCACGUUUCACAUGUUCCCUAAAGAAACAAAUCUUAGAAAUGCCUGGAUUGAAGCAUUGGGUAUCACAACGUGGGAGCCUAGAGAUAGAAGUGCAGUCUGCUCGGAUCAUUUUCAACAGGAAUCUUUCUAUGAGACCAGACGCGGGUUGAGGAGAAUAAAAAGUGGCUCUGUACCUCUGCCGUUGAAUGAGUCAGAGGAAGAUUUGGACGCUCCCGCAAUGCUAAGGGUGUGCAGGGUAUGCCUAUCCAUGAAUGUGACGAUGUACCACAUGGCCGAGAAGAAUUUGCGCCAAAUGUACGAACAAAUCGUAGGAAUGUCUAUAAGCCCGAAUGACAAGCUUCCGCAGAAGUUUUGUUGGGAAUGCGUGGCCAGAUUGUCUUCUGCUAGCAGCUUCCAGAACAAGGCGUUGAGAUGUCAGACUCUAUUACUAAAUCGACUUGAUGCGGAAAAAUACAUUACAAUUAGAGACAUAAAAUCCAUAAGCAGAGCGGCUAAUCAAUUGAAAUCUAGUUUAGGUCAAAAAAUAUAUGAGCCAAACGAGUGCGAUGUCGUUUUAAUUGAAAACAAGGAUGUCGAAGUUAAAAUUGAGGAGAGUAACGAGUUUAACGGGGUCAAUGAGUUCAAUGGAGCCGACGAUAACGGUCUCGACGGCGAUAACGAUAACGGAUUCACUAACCAAGACGCCAACGUUAACGACAACGAUAGCAACAGCGAGUACAAAUGCCCGGUGGAAGUUAAAGAUGAAAAUACGAACAACGAAAUUUUUUUCGAAGAGUAUCCGGUGUUCGACGAAAGCGACAAUGUGACUUUAAGCGAAAUAAACAAGAAGGAUAAAGUUAAAAAGAAAAAGGCGGUUAAGAAAGUUAAGCAAACAAAAGGUGCGAUAAAAGUUAAACGAAGGAAAGAAGACGACGACAAUCCUUCUAGCACAAUGGACAAAUACAAAAUUUCAGACGUGAAACGCAGGAAAACCACCGACACACUAGACGAAUCGCUGUUCACGAUCGCAACACUGACAUAUGAGGAGCAAAUCGCGGAGAUACAGACAAGACAGAACACCGCGUCCUACAAGACGUCACCGUUCAAGUGCGGCGCGUGCUAUCGCGGGUUCCACGUCAGGGACAGAUACGACGCACACGUCGUCAGGCACAGCGAGCAAAGCGGCGCCUACGAGUGCUUUAUCUGUAAAACUCGUCUAAAGACGGGACGAGCUCUGAGGAAGCACCUCACAGCGCAGCACACAGAGAAAUUCAGCUGUAAAGGCUGUCCUUUCGUCACCAGGAACAGAGGCGUGGCGAGGGAACACGAGAAAUGGCACGCCGGAGCAAAAUACCAAUGCCCGCACUGCCCCAGCGAGUUCGACAAGCUGACCACGUACAUGGGCCACAUACGUAUAAAGCACGUAUCGGAUUUCGUUUGCGAACUGUGCGGGUACACGUUCGUGAGCAAAAAGGGGAUAGACGUGCACAAGAAGAAAAAACAUCGGCUGGCGGACAAAAAUGUAAGUCUAGACGGGCCAUACUGUGAGCUAUGUGAAGUGAGGUUUAUAUCUGAAGAGGCGCAUUCAAGACAUCUGAACUUAUCCUCCAGACAUAGCAGCGAUAACGAUCCUAAUCGUAUACGCAACGACUCUCAAAGUAUGAACACGGAGAAGAACGGACGGAUAAUGAGAAAGAUAGAGAGGCGACCCACCAUUCACCCGCGGACCAGCUUGUCGGGUCCCGAAGGCGCUCCAGUUACGUGCGAACAGUGUGGUCUACAACUGAGGGAUCUUAGGCUUUACGCCCAGCACUUCAGAAGAGCGCAUCCGGACAAGAAUCGAACCAAAUACCCCGCCAUGAAAACACCCUGUAUGUGCGAGCAGUGCGGACGUAUUUUCCAGAGCAUGGCACUGUUGAAAGACCACAUGUGGGUGCACACGGGCGAGAAGCGGUUCAAGUGCGACCGCUGCGAGAAGAGCUUCACCCAGAAGACAAACCUGGUGUUCCACAUGCGGGUGCACAGCGCCUCGCGGCCCAGCUACGAGUGCCCGCUGUGCGGGAAGCACUUCGCCUUCUACAACAACCGCCGCAGGCAUAUGUUCAUCCACACGGGCCUGAAGCCGUUCAAAUGCGACACGUGCGGCAAAUGCUUCACCACGUCCGGUGAGCAACGCGCUCACGUCGAGCACGUGCAUCUCAAGAAGCCGUGGCCCAAGCGCGCGCGCGCCAAACACUGCGACUCGGACGCGUGGCAAAAGUGCGACAUGAGACAUGUGGAGGACUAGACAUCAUUGACUUAUCAUAGACAUAGCAAAAGUCAUAAUAUUAUAUUUAUAAUAAUGAACUAUAUUUUAAAUUAUUAAAAAAUAGGUUUUUCCAUAUUUUAUAAGGUAUUUUAAUGCAAUGCAGUUAUUGCCUUCUUGUUGGUCUAGGAGAUAGAUUUUGGUUAGUAAGCGUUGCAUAACGUCGGAAUCGGUUUUUCCCGCUCUGACAUUUGUUAAGUGGCUGUCAGUUGAAGUGCGACAGAACACUGCUUAGGUAUUUAACGUUAACUGUUUUUAUAUACAGGAUAAUUUUGAAACCAAUGCGAAUUUUUUGUGGUUCGGUAUCGCUUAUGUGACGUAUUUCCACUACAUUUUUUAAAUAUUUUUUUUUACCAUGUCCGAACAUAAAAUAAGCAAAUCAAGGCUACU